CAACACUGCUAUACUCUAAUAAAAUUUGCAAAUGUCAAAUAAAACUUUGUUGACGAUGUUCUAACGUAUAAAACAAUAUUGAUUUUUAAUUGAAAUCCGUCCAUUGUCCGUACCUGUUGAAUUAAAAGUACUUGAAACCAUGGCAAAAUUUACAAAUACCAUGUUUACUUCCUUUUUUAUAUCAUUUAUCUAUUUCAAAUCAGUUGCUAGCAUAAGUUGUUAUCAAUGCUCUGGAACCGAUUCCGACCACCCUUUCGAGUGUAACGAGUUUUUGGAAAAUGAUGUUAGUUUGGUACCCAUAGACUGCGGUACUAUACACGACGCUCAGUAUUGCAUAAAACACGUCGGCAGAUACGAAGGGGGCAUUGGUACAAAGAGAUUUUGUUCAUCACUGGAUUUGGGCAAUUACUGCAAUUAUGUACAACAGAGAGGCGACAAAUUGGAAUAUAGAUCCUGCAUAUACACUUGUAGUACAGAUGGUUGCAACCAUUCCUCAAUAUUUACUUCUUCAUUUACAUUACUAAUAAUGGCACUAUUUGUCUCGAAAUAUUUUGCAAUACAUUAAUUAUAAAAUUUAUGUAAGUUUUGUAACAAUUUGUAUAUUUUGAAAUGAGUUUAUGGUUUUAUUUUUCAAUAAAAUAGAUAUAUUAUGUACAAUGACAUUUACUGUUAUACAGUGAUUAUUUCUCGACUGACUAGAAGUUACGCAAAUAUCACAAUAGUACGAGUGAUGUGCCUUUUACAAACCAAUGUUAUAGAUAAAUAUAUAAAUUGAACUCAA